AAUUGAUUGAAUGUUGAGAGAGAGAAUUAAAAAUUGAAAGUAGAGAUUAAUUAGAAAGAACAGUAGAUUGUCAUAGAGUUUGAAGAAUAAUAGAAUGAAUAGAUGAAUAAAUAAUUACUUUAAAAGUAUAGUAAAAUUUAUGUUUGGAAGAAGAAGCCUUAAGAAGAUGAAUUUCGUAUAAUCACUUUCAAGUAAAGUAGAAUAAAAGUUAAUAAAUCUAAUAAAAGAAUUUAAUGGUUGGAUAUUUUAAUUGACUACUACAUAGAUAAUGAUAUAUAUAAUUUGUUGCCAUUUAAUUGGACUGGAUAUUAAAAUUGAGCAUUAUGAUAUUA